GCCCGGGGACCGCGCUCGCCGUCGGCCCGCCGCCGCCAUGAGCGCCGCGCUCUUCAGCCUGGACGGCCCGGCGCGCGGCGCGCCCUGGACUGCGGAGCCCGCCGCCUUCUACGAGCCCGGCCGCGCGGGGAAGCUGGGUCGCGGAGCCGAGCCGGCCGCGCCCGCCAUGUACGACGACGAGAGCGCUAUCGACUUCAGCGCCUACAUCGACUCCAUGGCCGCCGUGCCCACCCUGGAGCUGUGCCACGACGAGCUCUUCGCCGACCUCUUCAACAGCAACCACAAGGCGGGCGCCCUGGAGCUGCUGCCCGGGGGCCCCGCGCGCCCCGGCCCCGCGCCGCGACCGCUCAAGCGCGAGCCCGACUGGGGCGACGGCGACACGCCCGGCUCGCUGCUGCCCGCGCAGGUGGCCGCGUGCGCGCAGACGGUGGUGAGCCUGGCGGCCGCCGCGCAACCCACGCCGCCCGCGUCGCCCGAGCCGCCGCGCCGCAGCCCCGCGCCCCCAGCUCCCGGGGCGGCGCGCGACAAGGCAGCGGGCAAGCGGGGCCCGGACCGCGGCAGCCCCGAGUACCGGCAGCGGCGGGAGCGCAACAACAUCGCCGUGCGCAAGAGCCGCGACAAGGCCAAGCGGCGUAACCAGGAGAUGCAGCAGAAGCUGGUGGAGCUUUCGGCCGAGAACGAGAAGCUCCAGCAGCGCGUGGAGCAGCUCACGCGGGACCUGGCCGGCCUGCGGCGCUUCUUCAAGCAGCUGCCCGGCGCGCCCUUCUUGCCUGGCGCGGGGGCGGCGGACGCGCGGUGACGCGGGGGGCGUGCGGGCUGCGGCCGCAGUGCCUGGAACCGCCGGGCCGGACCCCCGGGCUGGGCCGGGACUCGGACAGCUGCCGCGUGGACCCUAAGUUACUGUGACGGCAGCUUCUCUGCAUCCUACGCCCGAGGAGGCAGCUAAGGUACAUUCGUAAAAGACUUUUCGGACAGACCUUUGUACUGUAGAUACGAGGAGAAGACUGAGCAUGCUCACUUUUUUAUACCGAUUUUUACAGUAUUUGUAAGAAUAAAGGCGUGUUAGACCCACCUUGAUUCCUGCGCUCGCGGCCCUCCGGACUGGCCGGGGAGGGCGCGCCUGGCCGGUGUGUGCCCCGGGGCCGGGUUCCUGGAAGACCGUCGCUUUGCUUCUCCAACAGGCCAAACUCCACCUGCGGACGUGCCGGUUAACGUGCCGAGCGACACCCCCUCGGGUGGAAGGCGCCCCGGGAACGUGUCGGAAACCGGCCGGAGAGGGUCCCACCUCGAGUGGGGGGCAGGGAGAGGAGGGCUCAGAUUAUCCGAAAACCAGUCCCAGUCCUCUUGGCUUUCAUGGGACGUGCUUUCACUUUCCUCAGUCCUGUAGACAGCUUCAGGUAGAUUUUCAAAGUGCAUAAAGUACAGAAGUCAUAUAGGAGAUGGAAAGGAAAGGACGGUCACAAAGCUACUUAAAAUCGGCUACCUUGCCGGUACUGGUAAUGUUUCAAAGCUUAAUCUGGACGAAUAAGUAAAGCCGUUGCCUUUCCCCCA